AUGGCGUCGCAUGCGCCGACAGACCCCGACCAGCAGGCGCAAGCAGCGUCUGAACCCAGACCGCCCGAUGGCAUCAAACUGGACACGGACGAUCUCAGCGACGCACUGAGACACAUGUCAGUUGCGACAGCAGCCUCUGAUACAUACAGCCCCAUGUCUUCAGCACCACCGACGCCCGGUCUAAAGACGCCCCUCUCCCGCCGCACAUCGCAACCAGCUACGUCUCCUAUCACCAAGGACUCCCCACGAACCUCAAAUGCGCCAUACUUGCCACGGCGCCCAUCUAGCUCUGCCAGUGUCAGCAGACCACCAUCGUCACCACGCUUGAUGAAAAAAGGAUCGAGAACGUCGCUGGGCGGACCAGACGACCAAGAGAGGCGGCCAACACCGAAGCGAUCUAUAUCCAACUUGAUCUCAGGCUUGAGGGAAGCGCAAGCUACUAUGGAGCCGAUCGAAGAGCCCAUACCUCUCACAGCACCUCAGAUCGCAGCAGAUCAUUUCAGCAGAGAAUUACUGGGCCACGAGCGACCGGAAUCAGAUGCCGAAACCAUUGUCAUUCUGCACGAUGCAUGCUAUGGACAUCGCUUUUCGCGGUUGAAGACGACCAAGACUAGCCUGUCAAUGAUCGUAGAACGACCCGAGCGCAUCCAUGCCAGCGUCUUGGGAGCCUCUACGGCCUACGUACGCCUGGGUGGACACCAUGCAGGGGCAAAGCGUUCGCCUCACCCCGACAAUCGCGAGCUUUCCAAUCCACCCUUCAAGAUUAGGCGAUCUGCCCGAUCGAUGGAUAUUACCUCCACGUAUGUCACGAACGUGCAUGGCACAGCCUGGAUGUCAGAGCUACAGGGAUUGUGUCAUUCUGCAGGUGAAAAGCUGGCAGCAGGAGCGAAGGAACUUAGCCGGACGUCUACUCCUGGCGAGCCAGAGAAAGAGAGGCUUCAUGAAGGCGAUCUGUAUCUUGCACCCGAAUCGCUCAAUGCUUUUCAGGGCGCGCUGGGUGGUGUUGCCGACGCCAUUGAUAAAAUCUUCGAACCAGGCACAAACACCAAGCGCGCAUUUGUUGCAGUCCGCCCGCCUGGCCACCACUGUUCAGCAGAUCAUCCAAGUGGCUUUUGCUGGCUGAACAACGUUCACGUAGGGAUUGAAUACGCCGCGCAGACACAUGGACUUACCCAUGCUGCCAUCCUGGACUUUGAUCUGCAUCACGGAGAUGGUAGCCAGGCCAUAACAUGGGAGCGGAAUAGCAAGAAUAACGUGAAGCGCCUGAAUGCAAAGCCGAACAGCAAGCUGAAGCUGAGUCCGGACAUUGGGUACUACAGCAUCCACGACAUCAACAGCUACCCAUGCGAGAUGGGUGACGAUGAGAAAGUCCAAGCUGCCAGUCUUUGCAUUGAGAACGCCCAUGGACAGUCUAUUUGGAAUGUACAUCUUCAAACCUGGAAGACAGAAGACGAAUUCUGGAAGCUUUAUGAAGAGCGCUAUUCAGUGCUGCUCGACAAGGCAAAGGUUUUCCUCAAACACCAUGCACAGCGAUUGAAAGAAGGAAAAGUCCAACCAAAGACGGCGAUCUUCAUCUCUGCCGGCUUCGACGCAAGCGAGUGGGAGGGUUCUGGUAUGCAGAGGCACAAAGUCAACGUACCGACUGAGUUCUAUGCCCGCAUUACUCGUGAUGUGGUGAAGCUUGCAGAAGAGACUGAGGGAUGCGAAGGUCGUGUGAUCAGUGUCCUCGAAGGUGGUUAUAGCGAUCGCGCUCUCUGCAGCGGUGUACUCAGCCACUUGUCAGGCCUAUGUGCUUCGCCUGUCACACCAGACACAGCUGGCGUCGAAGAUCUAAUGGACCUCAGCUCUCAGAUGAACGGACUUUCUCUCAGCACGUCGCUCACAUACGACAAGACUUGGUGGUCGGCAGACAAUCUCACCGCGCUCGAAAACAAGGUCAACCCACCGCCUCCGCCGCAAGCCAAAAAGAUGCGAGGUGGACCACAACCUACUUAUGCCACGCCAACAGAAUCGUUUGCUUACAAAGUGCUGGAUCCUCAAAAGUUCGCUCGCUCUAUUUCAGGAACCAUGCGAGAAGCGCCGCUGGCAGCACGACCACCGACACCGCCGAUCCCAGAGGUUGAUUGGGUCGUAGCUACUCAAGAGCUUUCGAAACUGCUCAUUCCCAUCGGCCGCCAGACCAAGAGCUGCACGGUCGAAGAGUUGGAAGUUCCACGUGCCAAGAAGGAGCCACAGACUACUGCGCAGCCUAGCGAGGUCGGCCAACCGCGGCAGCUUCGUGAUCGCAGGGCGAAAGGCCCAGUGUAUGCCGAGAGCGCUCAUAGUGACGAGACGGCUAGUGUUCGCUCUGUCAGCCGGUCAGAGUCUCGGGCAAGCAGACGUGAGACUAUUGAUGUUCUUCCCACGCAGGAUGCUGCUCCUACGCAACAGCGUAGAGCUAGUCGACGACAGAGUGCUGGCAGUGCCUUAGGAUCGACAGAUGCGCCAGUCGAUCACGACGCGCCCCCUGUACCUGCCAUCCCAUCAAGGCCCCCAAUGUCGAGUAGGACAAGCUCGAAUACUGUAGGGACCAUGAAGCCGCCUCCAAUCCCUACGCCGAACCCACAGGCUGUGAACAAGAAAGUCCGAGCACCUUCACAGAAUCGAAAGCGCGAUGCGAUCGGGGGCGGUCCGUUAACCUCUGCACCGAAAGCAACAUCAACUGUUUCCAAUAAGGCUAUCGGCGGCGACGCCAAGACUUCAGACGUCGAUCGACUGGCAUCUGGAUUGAAGAAAGUUACUCUCAAAGUAAGCAGUACCAAAGAAGAGCACGAUCGCAAGCAGAAGGAGAAGCUCGAUGCCGAGAGGCGCGCCAGAGCUUUGAAGGGUGCGGAGACGAGACGUAUCAACGCAGCUGCAAAGAAAGCUGCAAAGGAGGGAGCUGUGCCUCAGAAGCAGCCUCUUGCUCCAGUCUCUACCGGAUUGGCCAAAUCAGAAACGCAAGCUGGCGCUGUCGUCUCAACGGCGCAGAAUGAUGGAGACAUCGCGAGAGCGGAUGAUAGCGUAGCGGAGCCUGCCUUUGCGCAGACUACGGAGAUGCUUGCCGAUACCAGCGGUUGGGGUAUGCCUAGCCUAACAACGGAGAACACUGGGCCCAUCAUUGCAGAUGCUCCCGUCGACAGCUUGUCCAACGAGCCUAUGCAUGUUCCAGAACGAAAACCUACUCCGAUUGAGGUACCGACAUCCCUAGGCACACCCGCAGAGGACUUAGAGUUCCCAGAGUACGCCAACAGUGGUGGUAGUGCCAGUGUGUCGCCGGCUUUGAAGCCAGAGGAUGGUCCAACAUACCCAGCACAGCAGCUACCCUCCCCAGCGGGAUCAGAGCUGAAAGUCGGUGCUGGCUCCAACGUGCGCUCUACUUCUUCCUAUUCGCCCUCAUGGAUGAAGCCUGCUGCGCACACAUCAUCAAAUGGCUCCCCAGUGAGCCCCAAACGCACGCCGUCGUCACCAAUCAGACCUUCAAGCAGCAGGCAGCUUCCGACCUUCAGCAGCACUGGCCAUAUACCUUUUGGCCCAACUCCAACUAGCCCAGAGCGGAAAACCCUACGCAGCCCACCGAAAAGCCUGUGGAAGCACAACCCCAUGGACGGAGAAGGUGGCAUUGUUGGCAAUGGCGUGGGUAGUUCUAUGUUGACGGAACAGCUGGAGAAGAAGAGUAUUUGGGACGUACCGGACACGCCGGCCAAGUGA